GUAGCGAGCAGAUCGGGAAGAGCUCUGUUCAGAACACGUGCGCGCGCGCGGCGUCGUCUUGGCUCUCGUUGCGUACGACCAAAACAAACUUUUGAGUAUUUUGAACGCUAAGUCCCACGGUCUUACGUCCUCCUAAGUGCCUUUCCACGAAGGUACACCAUCCACUUCACCCCUCGGUAAACCAUUAUAUCCUUAGGGGCGGUGCGCGAUAAAGAAUAUCUGAAAGCAAGAGACUGAGCAACAGCUGAUCCACCCACGUGCUCCUGCAGCACUAUUAAUUUCGGCGGUGCCCGUGUGGUGAUGCGAGGAGGCUCUGGGUAACCGAGCGAGUCGGCGCGCCAUGACCAACCUCAACCGCAUCCGGGUCGUGGUGCUGGGCAGCGCGAGAGUCGGCAAGUCCGCCGUCACGGUGCGCUACCUCACCAAGCGAUACAUCGGGGAGUACAGUUCCAACAGCGAUUUUCUGUACCGGCAUAAUGUGACUUUCGACAAUGUGACGACGGAAGUAGAAAUACUGGACACAUCCAAAUGUGCAACGUCGCAUUCUCACCGAAUCAUACAGGACAAGAAACAGGCGACGGGCUGCCUGUACGACCACAUCCGGUGGGGCGAGGCGUUCGUGGUGGUGUACAGCGUGUGCGACCGCGCCAGCUUCAACGACGCGCACGAACUGCUGGACAAGCUGGCCAAGCUGAAGCUGCCCUCCUACUUCACGACGCUGCUGCUCGGCAACAAGCGAGACCUCGACCACUCGCGUGAGAUCUGCGUGGACGCGGGCCAGGAGCUGUCGCUGCAGUACGGCUGCCAGUUCUACGAGGUGAGCGCCGCCGAGAACUUCGCGGGCGUCUCGCUGGCCUUCCAGUCGCUGCUGCGCGAGGCGCGCUCCGUGCAGCUGCUGCGAGCGCUGCCCAUCCGCCGCAAGCUCGGCGUCAACUCGGUCAGCAAGGUGCUCGGCAACAUCUUCGGCAAGAACAGCAACAAGGCCUCCGGCGACCGCAAGAAGAGGCCGUCGCUCUCCAUAUAGCUGGCCCGCCUGUGCCCCGGCAGCGGGGCCUGACGACGCCGUCGCCGUCGCGUCCGUUCCUACACACUGUGCGCCGAGGGGCCGCCGGGGUGUCCCACCACAGAGCACGCUGCGGCUGGGUGCCGCAUUCCUCGAGUACCUAGGAAGCUGUCCGUGGACAGAAUCUCUCGCGUGAGAACGACUAGAGGUUUCGAGGCUUCCCACAUGAACUGCAUCUCACAGGAAGUGCUUUGCAUCAGAUGCGAAGACGUGUGAUGCUUGUUAGAAGCUCCCCAUUCGAGACUGCCCUGUUUUAUAGGGCAUAUUUAUACACAGUAUUGACUAGAUUCGUUGACCUACGAUUUGGGUACGUGGCCUUACCGACGGUAGGUUGUGCACUGGAAUACCCCCCUCCAAACGCAGGGAUCAAAGUCGCUCCUAAAAGGACCCAACACACUUGCAUUAAUGUGCAACGGAAAUGAUCCAACAUUUGACAUGUUAAAGUCACUACCACUCAAGUUCCUUAAGGUCGAGAGCGAAGGUAUCGGUACAAAUACAAGAGGCAGCUGACAAGCGUUUCCCAAAAAUUUUGCUUCCAUCCCAGGGGACGCUGAAGAUUCUACGAGUCUCAUGACAGUACGAACAAAUUCAGUACUGGUUUAAAGAGGGUGUGUCCAACCUUUCAGCUUACCUGGGCCACAAUGGAAGAAGAGUAUUUUUGGGCCACAUGUAAUAUACUUAAAACUAACACGCUGGAAAGAGAGAGAGAGGGGGGGGGGGGAGGGAAAGAGAGAGACUGUCGAAGGUGUGGCAGGAAUUUUAAAUUGAAAAUAUUCAUUUUAUCGUAUCAGUUGGAUUUUUAUUGACUUUUUUUAAAACCGUUAGUGUGGUACACGCUCACUUUUUGGACCGCACUGAUGUUUGCUUAGUAUCGUACACGGCUCGCGGGCCGCAGGUUGGACAUCCUUGGUUUAAAGUUUGCUGACUGCUGUCAAACUGUGUUAGAGGAGAAAACUCAUAAUUCAUCCGUGCCAAAUUUUGUUGUUGCUACUAUGAGGACCAUCGGUAGUCUCUUGUAAUGGUAUAUAUUACUUCUCAGUCCGAAGCACAUCUUCUAGUCCAGAAAAAGAACCGCACGAAAAUGUCCUUGGGAUAUAAAUCGCGCAACCCACAUGGGUGUAAGCCAUUCGCAUGCAGAACUGCGCGUUUUACCAUGACAGACAUCUGAAUGGCCACCUGUUCAAAGUAUAACAGUGUAAGUUUCGUAGCGCGAAGAAAUGAAACCUCGAUAUAAUAGGACUAAAAAAUGCCCACAUUUCAAUGUCGUCAGUUAUUGGUGUACAUCCCUCUGUUUAAAAUAAUUACACUGCCUGUAUAACAAUCUUUCUCUAAUGGUCUCGUAGUGUUGCAGUUAUUCAGUCUACAAACUGCAGUUGCAGAAUUAUAGCAAAGUGGAACAGAACAAUAUGUACAAUGACUUCUGCACACCUAACGUCACACUAACAUGAACCGACUUUUGGCAAACAUACAGUAAUGUGCUUGUGCUUGGGUGCAGGAAGUUUGUUGUAUAGCAUAGAGUGAACUCUGAUGGUGAAAUUAUGAUCGUAAGCCUUACUUGUAGUUUCCGAUAUUAUAGUCACAAAAUAAAUAAUACUUCUAGAAUAUACAUUGCCGAAGAAGUACACAUCAGGAGGUUGGCAAUAUUUUGUUUUCUUCGGUGUGGUUUUGGUCCUAUUCCAUCGAUAGUUUGUUCCUUGUCGUUACCAAAGUUCCUCUCCUAAACAUCGAAUAGGUGAUCAUUCAAAUGCGUCUUGCUUUAAGAUACGCUGUUUUGCAUUUGAGUGAAUCAUACCACUGUUUUUUGGGUGAGACAUUUGUAUUAUAAGCUAAUUUUGAUGCGGUUCUGAACGUUUCAGGUCACGCACUUGUCUUGUUAAAUCAAGUAUCCCAUGUUCUUUAGUGACUGACCCUUAUAAACAGCAUAAAUGUUUUGUAGUUAAUGAAGUGGGGUCUAUUUAUUACCUGCAGCUGAGGUGUUUAUAUUCCGAACUGACAGCCGGCGAUAAACGUAGCCGAAAUAUUGUUUCCUGUAUUAGAUCUAGACGCACUUGAUGUGGAUCUUGUUUUACGGUGCGGUGCAAACAAAUACUCGAUGGCAUUUUACCCUGCCUUUGCGAACUACAUCUAAAAAAAAAUACAGUCCUGCUCAUUUCAAUGCACCGCAAUAGCAAACA